UUCAUUUGGCUAAGCUUCAAUUUGUUCUUUGCUGCGGAAAGCUAAAGGAAUAAGUUAACUGCUCUACAGGUACCACUGACGCUUCGUAGACAACAUGGCUCAUUGGAAUUUUGUUCUUUUCGCUCUACUGCAAAGUGUGCUUGUCACUUCUCUUGUUUCAGGUCAAAUGACGACCUCAGGAGAGAACUGUACCUUUCCAUUCACAUACCGUGAUAUUGUGUACAACAGCUGUACUACCAAGAAUCACAAUCGUCCUUGGUGCUCUACAACAGCAAACUAUGACACAGAUAAGAAGUGGGGCAACUGUGCAGGUUUCGCAAAGUCUGGGGUGGAGACAACUAGAGGAGAGAGUUGCGCCUUUCCUUUCAUUUACCGUGGUGUGGUGUACAACAGCUGUACUACCGCUGUUCACUUUCUUCCCUGGUGUUCUACAACAGUCAACUACGAUAAAGACAAGAAGUGGUCGAAUUGUGCAGGUUUCUCGUCUGGUGUAAGUACAGAAUCAGGAGGUUUCUGUGUGUUUCCCUUCACAUACAAAGGACAAGAGUACAAAAGUUGCAUUACCAAGGGUAACAAACGUCCCUGGUGCUCUACAACAGCGAACUACGACAAAGACAGGAAGAAUGAUACCUGUAAAGGAUUUUUUAUAGAUGAUUCAAGAACAACCUCGGGCGAAUACUGUGCCUUCCCAUUUGUCUACAAAGGGCAACACUACAAUACUUGGACAUUAAAGAAUCACGAUCGUUUUUGGUGCUCUACAACGACCAACUACGACGAAGACAAGAAAUGGGGCAACAUUCCAUUUGGAAAAGGAGAACCUGGUCAACGCUAACAGUCAUUCAGGAGUCCUUGAAAAGUGGAUCACUUCAUGAUAAACGAAAAAAACUCAAGAAUCAAAGUUUUAGGUAGACAGCUUUCUAGGAAGACUAUCGACUCAAAUGGUUUUCUCUUUUGAGCCCAGAGAUUGGACGAUGCGAUUUUGAGUCUGAAUGUGAUUGGUUAGGUGAGGAAGCCAUUUAAAAGUCGGGGUUGUUUAAUUGCCAUUAUAAACUACAUUAUCAUUAUAGAAGAAAAGCUUUUAGUAAUAUUGGUCAGAUUUGAAAUAAAUAGCAUUGAAAAAAGCCA